GGAUGUCGGGCGUCUCAGUUAGGGGAAGAAGUGAACAUUGUUUCCCCUAAACCACAGUCAGGAGCAGGAGAAACUAACAUUUUAUAAUAAUACACAGUUAAGUAUCUAGUCAUGCCAGCCGGUAAAAACUUCAGGAGAAGGAAAGAGUCUUCUGAUGAUGAGGAAUCUGACGACGUAACUGCUGAAGUUAGGUCGAAACUUGAUGAAGCAAAGGAGCUGCAAAGUUUACGGAAGAGACAGAGUGGCGUGAGUUUAGCGUCAUUACUUGUGGGAGAGAAGCUACCAUUGGAAGCAGAGAUAGAGGAUGAUCCGUUUAAACUCAAGACAGGAGGCAUUGUAGACAUGAAGAAAGUAAAAGACAGAGCUGUAGAUAUUACAGAGGAUGAGCUGAACCUGGGAACUGCUUUCUCUGCUGAAACAAACAGACGAGAUGAAGAUGCAGACAUGAUGAAGUACAUUGAAACAGAGCUGAAAAAGAAGAAGGGAUUAUUGGAGGCAGAGGAGCAGAAGAUAAAAAUGAAGAAUGCCGAGGAUCAGCUGUACGAGCUGCCUGAGAACAUCCGCGUCAAUUCUGCUAAAAAGACAGAAGAGAUGUUGUCUAAUCAAAUGCUUAGUGGCAUCCCAGAAGUGGACCUGGGAAUCGAUGCAAAGAUAAAGAACAUAAUCAGUACAGAGGAUGCCAAAGCGAAGCUGAUUGCUGAGCAGAGGAAUAAGAAGAAAGACAGCGGUACCUCAUUUGUUCCCACUAACAUCGCCGUGAACUACGUCCAGCACAACCGCUUCUACCACGAAGAUGUGAACGCACCUCAUAGACGGCAUCGAGAAGAGCCGAAAGCACGACCACUACGCGUCGGUGAUACUGAGAAACCAGCACCGGAAAAAUCGCCACCCAACUACCGCAAGAGACCAAACAACGAGAAGGCCACAGACGACUACCAUUAUGAGAAAUUCAAGAAGAUGAACCGAAGAUACUGAUCCCUUGCAAAGCAAAAAAAAAAAAAAAGACAUUUGGGGGGGAAAAACAAACACCCUUGAUGCUGAAAUUGUUCACCUGUUCGAUACCAUUUUGACACCUGGAGAUAUGAUUUAUGAACCUUUAUGAAGAGCUGGUGAGGCAAUUAGCAAGUUUCUUAUUUUCUUAAAGGAAAAGAUUUGUCCUGUAAAUAUAAUGUGUAAUAAACAAGGGAUAUUAUCAUCAGUUAUUAUGUGCCGAUUGAUGUUGAAUUGUUACUAAAUAAUAAUAUCAUAAUCAUAAAUAAUUUUGAUUAAUUUAAAUAAUUCUAUUGAGAGAAUUGAG